UGGAAUAACAUGGUACAACUUGGCCAGAGAUUAUAUAAUUCAUGCAAAUAAUCAACUAGUUCCUCACUUCAGAUGAAAUGGAUUGUUAAUUUAUUGUUAAUAUAGAAGAAAGUUUUAAAAUAUAUAUCAUGAUUGCCAAAUUAUAUCAGUGGUUGAUAGCUGGAAGUAUACUUCUAUCAAUAUGGUUAGCUUUAUUAGUAGACUAUGUACAAUCUGAUAUGAUUAGUCAAAAUAAAUAUACUAUUUUUAUGAUCCCUAUUUACCUAGCUGUGGCUUUUGCUGUUUAUUCUGCAGCGGUAGUUGGUUACAGGGUGGCAACGUUUAAUAAUUGUGAUGAAGCAGCUGUAGAGCUACAACAGCAAAUAAAAGAAGCUAGGGAAGAUUUAAAAAAGAAAGGAUUUGUUUUUACUGAAAGGUGACAACACAAUAUAAAUAAUGUUGAUCAUGUACAUUCUAUGUUGGGCUUAUUAAAUAUUCUGUUAUUUUA